AUGAGUUACGGUUAUCCCCCACCACCAGACCACAGACAACAGCAGUUAUCUCCUGCACCAACCUAUCAUUCUCAUAACUCAAUUUACAACAAUCAGGUUCAGAGCUAUAACGAUCCCCUAGAUUCCUAUUACACGGAUCUACAGAGAGCUCCUUCACCUGCAUAUGGGCACCAACAGCAACAGCCAAUUGCCUCACCCUCUUUAACAGGUUAUCAACAGGUAUAUCAACCUCCGUCCACGCCUCUGGACCCCCACGCCGAGAUGUACGGUCAACCUACUUCGAACUCGUACCAGAACCCCCCUGGAGGAGGUGCUGGUGGCGUAGGAGUAGGCGAGGUAUUUAGACCUAACAAUCAACACCUACUACCCCAACAACCACCCCCACAACAAAAUUUCUAUCAACAGAAUCAAGGUAGUCAACCUGGCGUACAACCUAGACCAUCAUUCUCUUCUCAACAUUCAGAUUACUACGAUGAGGGCAAGUCCUACUCUUCCACUACUCAUCUCGCAUCGACUCCUCAGAAAGAAUGGGAUGUCGGAUUGGUCGUCCCACCCGUACCGAGAGAUAUGAAUUAUGGUAGUCAAGACCAAUACUAUCCACCUAGACCAAUGUAUGGUACUGGACCACCUAGCACUGUAUCUUCAGCUCAUACAGGAUGGGGCGGCACCUCACAUUGGCACAAGAUGAGAAAUCAAUUAUUAGAAAGAAGAGUGGUAAAGCAAAUCCCACUUCAUAAUGGUAAUUUGAUCAUGGACGUACUUGUACCGAAAGGUGUUAUACCCUCCGGUGUGAAAGGGUUGGGAUUGAUGGAUGGAGAAAUUGAAAGUUUGAGAUAUUCGGCGGCUACUUGUGAUCCUGAUGAUUUCAUGGGUCGGAAAUUCAAUUUGAGGCAGUAUUUGUAUGGAAGGAAGACGGAAUUAUUCAUCGUGAUGACAAUGUAUAACGAAAACUCUGAAUUGCUCUUACGUACACUCAAUUCUGUCAUCAAGAACAUUACUCAUCUCACGACGAGAAGUCGAUCGAAGACCUGGGGUCAAGACGCAUGGAAAAAGGUGGUCGUGUGUAUUGUAGCCGAUGGACGUAAAGUUGUGGAUCCAAGGGUGUUGAAGGUGCUUCAAUUGAUGGGUGUCUACGCGGAGGGUGUGAUGAAAGACCAUGUAGCAGGUAAAGAAACCCAAGCGCACAUCUUCGAGUAUACCUCUCAAGUCGUCGUAUCUGAUACGGGAGAAGUUGGGUUUGGUUCUACACCGGUUCAACUCCUGUUUUGCUUGAAAGAGCAAAAUAAGAAAAAGCUCAAUUCCCAUCGAUGGUUCUUCAAUGCUUUUGGACCUCUUAUCAAACCCAACGUUUGCGUCCUUCUAGAUGUUGGUACGAAACCUUCCGGAACAUCCAUUUAUGAACUGUACAAGUGUUUCGAAAAACACCCAAAUGUUGGAGGAGCAUGUGGAGAAAUCUUCGCAGAUACAGGUCGAUUUGGUAAAUACCUGUUCAACCCUUUAGUCGCUGGACAAAACUUUGAGUAUAAAAUGUCAAAUAUCUUGGAUAAACCUUUCGAAUCUGUUUUCGGUCUCAUUUCAGUACUUCCUGGAGCAUUCUCUGCUUAUCGAUACGAUGCGGUUAAAAACCAUGCAGAUGGUACGGGACCAUUGGCAGCGUACUUCCACGGUGAGAUGAUGAAUCUUCCUGGAGCUACGGCUAGUAUCUUCGAUAGGAAUAAGUUCUUGGCUGAAGAUAGAAUAUUGGCUUUCGAAAUCGUGGUGAAAAAAAAUGCCAAAUGGAGACUACAAUAUGUUAAAUCUGCGAAAGCCGGCACAGAUGUACCUGCACGAGUACCAGAGUUCAUCUCACAGCGAAGAAGAUGGUUGAACGGUUCGAUCUUCGCUGCUACCUAUGCUAUGGUAUGUUUCUGGAGAAUAUGGACAAGUGGUCAUAAUUUCUUUAGAAAGAUCGCUUUGACCAUUCUGACUAUUUACAAUCUGGUCAACCUGAUAUUCAACUGGCUAUCGAUUUCUUCAUUCUACCUCGCUUUUUUCUUCUUGAUAUCCUCUUCCAUUGCGGGAGCCUCUGAUCCAUUUGGUGGAGCUGGUGAUGAAAUUUUCCAGGUGUUCAAUAAAGUUUAUAUCGGUUUGAUCUUCGUCGUAUUGGUUUGCUCGUUAGGUAACAGACCACAAGGAUCAAAUUGGAUGUACACUUUCUGCAUUUUCAUGUUUGCCGUCUGCCAAGGUAUUUUGCUUUAUUGCGCCGGAUGGACGGUAUACCAGACUGUACCGCACACUGCCGAAGGAUGGAAGGACGUCAGUGGGUUGUUCGAGAAUAGGACUUUCUUGGAUCUGGCUAUGUCUUUGAUGGCAACAUACGGACUAUACCUUGUUUCAUCGAUACUUUACUUCGAACCGUGGCACAUGUUGACUUCCUUCGUACAAUAUCUCCUGUUACUUCCAUCAUACGUUAACAUUUUACUUAUCUAUGCGAUGUGUAACUUGCACGAUGUAAGUUGGGGUACGAAAGGUGAUAAUGGAGCGUCGAAAGAUCUGGGUUCGGCGAAGAAAGUUGAAAAGGAUGGUAAAGAGAUGGCCGAAGUGGCUUUACCCACCAAGCAAGAAGAUGUCGAAGCAUUAUGGCAACAGGCCAGAGCGGAACUAAGAGCUCCGGCGGUGGAGAAACCUGAAAAGAGGAGUGCUGAGACUAAACGUGCAGAUCAAGAUAGGAAUUUCAGAACAAACGUUGUACUUUUGUUCUUGGGUUCCAACAUGCUUGUCAUCCUAUUAUUUACCUCUUCAGCAUUUACAACAUGGGUAAAUACUCAUUUUACUAGUGCUACCCAAUCGACUUUUAACCCUUAUCUCACUGUCAUCUUCUAUGCUGUAUUGGGAUUGUCGACUUUGAGGUUUUUAGGUUGCGUUCUGUAUCUGGUCUUUAGAUUAUUUGGAUUUUAA